CAGGCUUCAGCAGCCUUGGAGAGGCAUCAGCUGAGAAGAGCUAUCACAUAGGCGCUGGGAGCUGCUCAGCAAAGAUGCCUUCAUGAGGAAACUGGAGUCCGGAAGAGUUGCAGAGUGAGUAAUACCCAGACCUGGAACUAGAAGCUGAAUCUCAUGCUCCUUCUACUCCCCAUUCUGAUGAGAAAAUCAGAAAUUUCACAAAAUCAACCCUAAAGCCAGAGCACUGUCUUAGAGCAAAGCAGAACCCUGGAGAGGGGAGACAGGAGGAUUUAGAAUUGCCCUCAGGAGGGAAGAAGAACAAAGAGAACUAGGAAAGAACGAACAUGGAGAACUAAAAAAGAAAGCGAGAAAAGAGGUGCCAGAGGUCACUCGGAAGGCCACUGCAGAGUAUGUGAGGAUCCUACACAGUGCUUCCCAUCACCGGGGCUGACCCUGGGGCUACCUUCUGACAGAAACUGGACAUGACCUACUGAGUUUGGAGCAGCCUGGCCUGGUACUCUGUCUACAUAGGAACCCAGCUUGGAAGGCUGGCAAUUAGAGCCUGCCUUACAGGCUCCAGAAGGCCCCCCAACAAAAUUGGGAAGCCUGGACCUGGGCUUACAUCCCAGGGUUGUGGAGUAGGAUGGGGGAUGGGCCUGUAACAGGAAGUGCCCUGGGUGUCCUCUUUCGGCCCCAUGGAGUCCUCACCCAUCCCCCAGUCAUCAGGAAACUCGUCCACUUUGGGAAGGGCCCUUCAAACCCCAGGUCCCUCUACUGCCAGCGGGGUCCCAGAGUUGGGAUUACGGGACGUGGCUUCAGAAUCUGUGGCCCUCUUCUUCAUGCUCCUGUUGGAUCUCACUGCUGUGGCUGGCAAUGCUGCUGUGAUGGCUGUUAUUGCCAAGACACCCGCCCUCCGAAAAUUUGUUUUUGUCUUCCAUCUUUGUCUGGUGGACCUGCUGGCUGCCCUGACCCUCAUGCCGCUUGCCAUGCUCUCCAGCUCUGCCCUCUUUGACCACGCCCUCUUUGGGGAGGUGGCCUGUCGCCUCUACCUGUUCCUGAGCGUUUGCUUUGUCAGCCUGGCCAUCCUUUCGGUGUCUGCCAUUAAUGUGGAGCGCUACUAUUAUGUGGUCCACCCAAUGCGCUACGAGGUGCGCAUGACACUAGGGCUGGUGGCCUCCGUGCUGGUGGGCGUGUGGGUAAAGGCCCUGGCCAUGGCUUCUGUGCCAGUGUUGGGAAGGGUCUACUGGGAGGAAGGAGCUCCCAGUGUUAACCCUGGCUGUUCUCUCCAAUGGAGCCAUAGUGCCUACUGCCAGCUUUUUGUGGUGGUCUUUGCUGUUCUGUACUUCUUGCUGCCCUUGAUCCUGAUCUUUGUGGUCUACUGCAGCAUGUUUCGAGUGGCUCGCGUGGCUGCCAUGCAACACGGGCCGCUGCCCACGUGGAUGGAGACGCCCCGGCAACGCUCUGAGUCUCUCAGUAGCCGCUCUACUAUGGUUACCAGCUCCGGGGCUCACCAGACCACCCCACACCGGACGUUUGGGGGUGGGAAGGCAGCAGUGGUCCUCCUGGCUGUAGGGGGACAGUUCUUGCUUUGUUGGUUGCCCUACUUCUCUUUCCAUCUCUACGUUGCCCUGAGCGCACAGCCCAUUUCAGCAGGACAGGUGGAGAAUGUGGUAACCUGGAUUGGCUACUUUUGCUUCACUUCCAACCCCUUUUUCUACGGAUGUCUCAACCGUCAGAUCCGGGGCGAGCUUAGCAAACAGUUUGUCUGCUUCUUCAAGGCAGCUCCCGAGGAGGAGCUGAGGCUGCCUAGUCGUGAGGGCUCCAUUGAGGAGAAUUUCCUGCAGUUCCUCCAGGGGACCUCUGAGAACUGGGUUUCUCGGCCCCUACCCAGUCCUAAGCGGGAGCCACCCCCUGCUGUUGACUUUCGAAUCCCAGGCCAAAUUGCUGAGGAGACCUCAGAGUUCCUGGAGCAGCAACUCACCAGCGACAUCAUCAUGUCGGACAGCUACCUCCGUCCGGCCCCCUCACCAAGGCUGGAGUCAUGAUGGACACCAGGAGGGAGAUAAAGCUUGGGACUGGUUUAUGAUUUCAAGGACUGCUUUUGCGGCUGGCUGGGGUCUGGGCUAGGGUCUCUGGACUUAGCUUUUGCUUGGUGUUUCCUGGGUCAGGCCCAGAAUCGACAGGAUGGACAUGUGGCAAAAAGCCUUGGACUUGGCUGGGAUCUUUGACUAUUGGGGGAGGGAAUCUGGGUAUGGUGAGACGUUGAUGAGAGAAAAGGGUGACAAAGGUGAGGGGAAGCCUUUCUUCCAGUGCACUCUUCAUGCCCCGGGAGACAGGGAAACUUCCUAAGGGUAGGCGGUGGAGCAGCAGGCUAGGAACAGUUAAUCUGGGGACUGUUGAGGUUGACCUCUUUCCAGAGUAGUAGUCCAGACCAAUGCUUACACUGAGACAAGGUAAGAAAACGGCCCACAUCUUCUCAUUUGCCAUCUCGGCAAGUGUCUCAUGAGUUAACAGAUCCCUUCCUAAAGUUAAUGUCUAGACUGAGAAGACCUGUAGGGGUGAACUCUUUCCUGGAUUUGGCCAGCAGCAAGGAAAAAUUGCAAUCAGGGUAGUGGAGGAGAAGUCAGAACAACUCUGCAGCUCUCUCCUAUUCUCUUUCCUGCACAUAUGAAAUCAAGUGUGGGUCCUGACCUCAGCGAGAUGAGCAGGAGGCAGGAUGCCCUUUCCCUCCUUGUCUUUUGAGUAACUAGGAAUGACUCGGGGGUCAGAGAGCUGAGGGUGGGUGUUAGCCUUUGAAUUGGUAACGUGGCUGGAUACAGAAAGGCCAGGUAAAUUACUCUGAUCAAUAAUACUGCCAAUCUUUUCUUUCCAGGACUGGCCUCCCCGAUCUAUCUCCUCAUGGCAGUGACCCACUUCCAGCCCCCUGGACAUUCGGGUACAAGAGACUCAGGUCGGGCAAGGGAAGGGUGGGAUUUCCAUUGUCCAUGAAAUGUCUCCCUGUUCCCCUUCAUUGCUCUCAAAAUUAGCUUCUGUGACAAAGACUUAAAUCUGUCUCCUACCUGCAGCCUAGGUUGGAGAGAGAGCAGAGAAUUGGGCCUUGCUCUUAUUGAUUAAGACUAUAGGGACUGUGUUGGUUAGUAUCACCAGUGGUAUUUUCAGUGGAAAGGGAUUAAUUGCAAGCUGGACAGGUUUCCCCUCUGGGUCCUGUUCAUUCCAUUUCCCUCAACUGAAUACUAACGGGUCAAGGUAGAACCAGACGGUGAUGUGGGCUAUAGCUGAACAAAUUUCUGGUUCACUGAACAUGAAAGGGGGAAAGUGGGUUGGGGUGAAGUAGUUUCCCCUUUGAACAACCAAUAAAUUUUAUGAUAAAAAGUUAUAUUAAUAUCAACACUGACUCCUUCAGUUCUAUUCAAUGCAUGAAUAGCUGAACACCAACAUCCCCUGGGGCAUACACAUAUGAUGUGCCACCUCUGCCUUCAAGGACUUCACAAGCUAA